CGAAGGUCUUAUUUUUGCCAUCAAUGAUAAUAAUCUUUUGGGCAUUUCUACCAAACAUAGACUCAAACAACUCCAACAAAAAAAAUGGUUAGCUAGCUCUCCAUUAUUAUGUUGGCUUUAUACUACCCCUGCAAAAGAUUCGGAUUGGUUAGCUAAUGUUUUAUGUGAAUGGAACAAAUCUGCAAUCACAGUCCAAAUACCAACAACUUUUCAUAACAUCAUCAAAGGAGGGAAUAUUCCAUUACACACAGUUUCACAUUUGAAAGAAUGUUAUUUUGAUUUCGCGCAACCAAAUAAGAUUCCUGGCAAACAAUCCUUUAUUGUGGGUUCGAAUUUGGGCAAUAAUCAACCUAUUAUUGGAAAACUUCAACAAUCUGAUAGUAUUUCUAUCAUGAUUCAACAUUUUAUCCCAUCACAUAAUCAACAACGAAAGACAAUAUUGAAAGAGUGCAAUGGAUGUCUAAUCACUAAUCCAUUUACCAUCUUACCUUCAACUGUUAAUACGUCACGCAAUUUAUGUUUCACUAAUCUCCCACUCAACCUUUGUUUUACCAUCCCUGUCAAUUAUAUGUUCUGA